CAUUCUGAUGUUUGUGAUAAGUCUCAUCCGCAUUCAAGCUCUUCAUUUGAAUGUGUUGACGGCGGGGAAAACAAGGAAGCAGGUAUGGUUCAAAAUGAAUCUAUCUCGAAUGUUGAAAUAAGUAACCCAGCACAAAGGGAACAAGAGUCGUCACAUUCUAAAGAUUCACAACCAACAAGAGCAAUGCCAGCAACACUUUUUGUUGAUAUUUCCAAAGAAGAAUCCUCGAAGAUUGUUGGAGUAAGAGCUGAAGAUGGUGCUUCAAUAUUAGAGACCCCACAUCCAAGUUCGUUAACUUCUAAACAGGGACCUAUUCCUGUGAGUCCCAAUCCCACUAUUCUCCCCAGAAGCCCAGGUACAACUGCCAAAAUUUUUGAAGAGGAAGAGAAAGGUGACCCCUUUGUGCCACCAGCGCCAAUUAUUUCAAGUGAGCAGCAAGCUAAUGAGACAAUAAGUCCUAUACCAUCAAAAGCUCUAAUGAGUCCUAAGCAAACCCCCAUGCGCACUCCCUCUGAGACUUCUUAUAAUGUCAUAUUCUAA